AUGCGGAGAUAUUUUCCUGCAUUAACUUGUAUCGGCCAGGUAGGAUAUUCAAACAGAGGUCACACAAGAGAUGAGAACGCGAACAACGCGUCGCAUCUAAUGGUUUUGUAUUGUGAAGCGUUCAAUUUGAUCCCGAAACGAUCGAGAAGAAAAGAGGACUAUGAAUCCUUUACACAAGCUGUGAGGGCCGGCGAGCGCGCGCGAGAUGACGCGAUAGCGGGAAUACGACACGACCACGACCACGACCACUAUCUGCUAUCUGACGCGCAGCUCACGUCUUUUUGUGGCUCAGUGCAGGGCGCCCCUUGUUGCGUGGUGCGCACUGUGUACUGUGCAAGCAAAGCGCUGUGUCACUGCGACUUAGUUAUUGUUGUAUUAUUAUCAGAAGAUAGAUUCAAGAGAUCGCUGAUAAUUGCUAAU